AUGACGUCUCACAAUGAAAUCACUAAUACUGGUAAUUUUAAAGGGGAUAUCACUAAUACUGGUAAUACUGGUAAUCUUAAAGAGGAUAUCACUAGUACUGGAAAUACUGGUAAUCUGAAAGAGGAUAUCACUAGAACUGGUAAUACUGGUAAUCUUAAAGGGGAUAUCACUAGUACUGGUAAUGUUAAAGGGGAAAUCACUGAUACUGGUAAUACUGGUAAUCUUAAAGAGGAUAUCACUAAUACUGGUAAUCUUAAAGGGGAAAUCACUAAUACUGGUAAUCUUAAAGAGGAUAUCACUAGUACUGUUAAUACUGGUAAUCUUAAAGAGGAUAUCACUAAUACUGGUAACACUGGUAAUCUUAAAGAGGAUAUCACUAGAACUGGUAAUACUGGUAAUCUUAAAGGGGAAAUCACUAAUACUGGUAAUCUUAAAGAGGAUAUCCCUAGUACUGGUAAUACUGGUAAUCUUAAAGAGAAUAUCACUAAUACUGGUAACACUGGUAAUCUUAAAGAGGAUAUCACUAGAACUGGUAAUACUGGUAAUCUUAAAGGGGAUAUCACUAAUACUGGUAAUCUUAAAGAGGAUAUCACUAAUACUGGUAAUCUUAACGGGGAAAUCACUAGUACUGGCAAUACUGGUAAUCUUAAAAGGGAAAUCACUAGUACUGGUAAUACUGGUAAUCUUAAAGAGGAUAUCACUAGUACUAGUAAUACUGGUAAUAUUAAAGAGGAUAUCACUAGUACUAGUAAUACUGGUAAUCUUAAAGAGGAUAUCACUAGUACUGGUAAUCUUAAAGAGUAUAUCACUAAUACUGGUAACACUGGUAAUCUUAAAGAGGAUAUCACUAGUACUGGUAAUACUGGAAAUCUUAAAGAGGAUAUCAUUAAUACUGGUAACACUGGUAAUCUUAAAGAGGGUAUCACUAAUACUGGUAAUACUGGUAAUCUUAAAGGGGAAAUCACUAGUCCUGGUAAUACUGGAAAUCUUAAAGAGGAUAUCACUAGAACUAGUAAUACUGGUAAUCUUAAAGAGGAUAUCACUAGUACUGGUAAUCUUAAAGAGGAAAUCACUAGUACUGGUAAUACUGGAAAUCUUAAAGAGGAUAUCAUUAAUACUGGUAACACUGGUAAUCUUAAAGAGGGUAUCACUAGUACUAGUAAUACUGGUAAUCUUAAAGGGGAAAUCACUAAUACUAGUAAUACUGGUAAUCUUAAAGGGGAAAUCACUAAUACUAGUAAUACUGGUAAUCUUAAAGAGGAUAUCACUAAUACUGGUAAUACUGGUAAUCUUAAAGGGGAAAUCACUAGUCCUGGUAAUACUGGAAAUCUUAAAGAGGAUAUCACUAGAACUAGUAAUACUGGUAAUCUUAAAGAGGAUAUCACUAGUACUGGUAAUCUUAAAGAGGAAAUCACUAAUACUGGUAAUACUGGUAAUCUUAAAGGGGAUAUCAUUAAUACUGGUAACACUGGUAAUCUUAAAGAGGGUAUCACUAAUACUGGUAAUACUGGUAAUCUUAAAGGGGAAAUCACUAGUCCUGGUAAUACUGGAAAUCUUAAAGAGGAUAUCACUAGAACUAGUAAUACUGGUAAUCUUAAAGAGGAUAUCACUAGUACUGGUAAUCUUAAAGAGGAAAUCACUAGUACUGGUAAUACUGGAAAUCUUAAAGAGGAUAUCAUUAAUACUGGUAACACUGGUAAUCUUAAAGAGGGUAUCACUAGUACUAGUAAUACUGGUAAUCUUAAAGGGGAAAUCACUAAUACUAGUAAUACUGGUAAUCUUAAAGGGGAAAUCACUAAUACUAGUAAUACUGGUAAUCUUAAAGAGGAUAUCACUAAUACUGGUAAUACUGGUAAUCUUAAAGGGGAAAUCACUAGUCCUGGUAAUACUGGAAAUCUUAAAGAGGAUAUCACUAGAACUAGUAAUACUGGUAAUCUUAAAGAGGAUAUCACUAGUACUGGUAAUCUUAAAGAGGAAAUCACUAAUACUGGUAAUACUGGUAAUCUUAAAGAGGAUAUCACUAAUACUGGUAAUACUGGUAAUCUUAAAGAGGAUAUCACUAGAACUAGUAAUACUGGUAAUCUUAAAGAGGAUAUCACUAGUACUGGUAAUCUUAAAGAGGAAAUCACUAAUACUGGUAAUACUGGUAAUCUUAAAGAGGAUAUCACUAAUACUGGUAAUACUGGUAAUCUUAAAGAGGAUAUCACUAGUACUGACAAUCUUAAAGAGGAAAUCACUAAUAAUGGUAAUACUGGUAAUCUUAAAGAGGAUAUCACUAAUACUGGUAAUACUGGUAAUCUUAAAGAGGAUAUCACUAGUACUAGUAAUACUGGUAAUCUUAAAGAGGAUAGAUCUAAGAUGAUGUGGUUUGAGUGCCAAUGA